AUGGAUGAUGCCGGUGGCUUCGACAACUACAUCUUGAGGACGCCUCCACAGGAAUUGCGCAGUGCUACGGGGGAGAAGAUGCGAGAAGUCAUGUAUUUUUACAUGAAGAAUCCUGAGGCAAAGAGUCAAGAGAAUGGGAAGGUUCCACAACUGCAACAACGUAUAUAUUGGAAUGAAGUAAGUAACGGAGAGGAGGCUCAUGGAGAAGAACACAUGUAA